GCGGCCGCCACCGCUGCCUCCGCUGCAGCCGGAGGGGUCCCGCGCCGGUGCGCAGAGGGAAGGCGCUCUUUCUUCGCUGAAAGCUCCUUGGAGAAGCCGCCGCCUCCCCAGCCCACCCAUGGCGGAUGAGAUUGAUUUCACUACCGGCGAUGCCGGGGCUUCCAGCACGUACCCGAUGCAGUGCUCGGCCCUGCGCAAGAACGGCUUCGUGGUGCUCAAGGGACGACCAUGCAAAAUAGUCGAGAUGUCGACUUCCAAAACGGGGAAGCACGGCCAUGCCAAGGUUCACCUUGUUGGAAUUGAUAUUUUCACGGGCAAAAAAUAUGAAGAUAUUUGCCCUUCUACUCACAAUAUGGAUGUUCCAAAUAUUAAGAGAAAUGACUAUCAACUGAUAUGCAUUCAGGAUGGUUACCUUUCCUUGCUGACAGAAACUGGUGAAGUUCGUGAGGAUCUAAAGCUGCCAGAAGGUGAACUAGGCAAAGAAAUAGAAGGAAAAUACAAUGCAGGUGAAGAUGUACAGGUGUCUGUCAUGUGUGCGAUGAGUGAAGAAUAUGCUGUAGCCAUAAAGCCCUGCAAAUAAAUGGGAGCAUCAGGCAUGACAAACUGUUUAGGUAUUUUUUAUAACAUUCCUGUGGUUGUCAGUAUGUGAGUCCAAGAAACAGACAAGGUAGCUUCCACAGAUGUGAUUUGAGUAUAUCAUUCGUGAAUUUUAGUUAAGUGAUAAAUAAACCAGGGUUUUAAAUCAAACAAUGUAGCAUCCAGUGCUAUCGAAGUACCACAUUUAAGUUGAAUUGUUCUGUAUUAAUUUCACACCUAACAUAUAGAGUAAGUAGAUAAUGGAUUGGAAUUGUCACAGUUUCAGCCGAUGUGUGGCAAGCACAAUUCUUAAACAAAAAUCAUGUUAUCAAAAAGUGUCAGUGCAGUACCCUGUAUUACCUUGGUCUUACUGUUCUUUGCCAAAUUGUUGGCCGACUUAAUAUAACCUUAUAUAUGGUGAUUUUUAUACCUGCUGUGGUUGACAGAGAGGCAGUAAACUGUUGGGUAACUAUUAAAAAAUCAUAUUGUAAAGAAGACACAGGGACAGUGGCAAAAUGAGUUCGUUAAAGCUAUACUUUUUUACUUGAGGCCUUUGUAAUCAGAAAGCUUCUAGUUGUACUUUUGCUUUCAGCUUUUGGUCUCUCUUUCUCUCUCUCUUUUUCUCUUUCUCUCUCUAUUUAAAGCAGUGACUUGCUUUGCAAGGUAGUAUGCAGUGCUUUUCAUUAUGUUGAUAAAUGUUAUUUUAGUAGUCAUUCCUUUCCAAGCAUUUGUAAGUAGACUUUUUUAACAUCAAAAUAUUUAUGUCAUCUAAGAAAUAUAUAUGUAUUUAUGUCAGACAAAGACUGGAAAUUCUAACUUCAAAUUGAAACAGUUGUUAAAUUUAUGUACACUUUUUUCUAGAAUGAAAUGAAUUAUGGAAGAAAAGUUACUUUAUGUGAUAAUCAUUAAGAAGUACUUAUAUGUAUUUUUUCUGAUUGUCACGUGACUUAAUUCAGUUACUCAUGUAGCUAGGAAGAAAUUCUGUAAAACUGAAUUAUUUUAAAAAGUGUUUUAGGUGACUGCUACAUUUCUGUACCCACACACCUUAUUUCCAGAAUUCUAAACAUUGUCAUAGGGUUUGUGAGGACCUUUGACUCAGUAACAACGAUGAUAUUGGAGUGAAACUCAGAACAAAAUUACUGUUUCAGAAUACCUCCAUUCUCUAUGACUGAUUAUGAGACCUCUCCCAUCACGCCUUGACUUACACAAGGCCUUUAUUCCUAUCCCUAUCAUCUAGAAGAAAAUAUGUGGUACUGCAACUAAUCUAAUCAGUGGCUGGAAAUAGCAUUAAAAACAGAAGAUCCCAAAGUUUUGUUGCUUAAUUUGCUCAUACUUUUAAAUCUUGUUAGCCUCAGCAAACCCAUUUGGAGAAGAAGCAAGAUACUUUAAAGAAAUGCAAAGAGAAUUCUAAAGCACAAGAAAUAUUGAGGUUGCAAUUAAUCAUUUUUAGUGCAGCAUUUUAACUUUUGCCCAUCUAAAGCACAAUUAGGAAUUAGACUAAAUUCUUUCCAAUAUUCCAUUUUAGUAUCUACUACAUACUACUCUUGUUUUUUAGUAUUUUAUAAUGUGUAUCUUAUUUGCUACUGGUUGACAUUAUUACCCACAGGAAUUCUAGAAAGUUAUCCAGCUGUGCUGCUUGCUGGUCAUGCAUAUGACCCCAGUUUACCAUACUAGUGUUCUGGUUUGUAUUAAUUCUGGGUCAGCAUGCCUUUGUUCUUCCUAACUUGUCAAACUUCACAUAAAUAUAUUUUCAAUUGCAAGGUAAGUGUAUGUAAAUUAUAAUAAUGCAUCUCUAUCUUCAGACUUGGAAUGGCAAAAGCUAUUUAUGCACAAAUAAUUCAUUUUAAGUACUAUAAAGAAGUAUAAAUACUUUUCUGACAUGUAAGUAUAGAUUUUAAAGAUAUGGGACUGUUUAUUUUCACAUAAGUCAAUAUGUUUCUCUAGGACAAAAUAUUUCAUUUAGUAAAGCUUUGUAAAUUGUAUUAAAAAGAAGCAAGGAAACAUUUUUUAACAUGAAACAGAAGUGACUUCAUUCUUUUUUGACAUCAGAGAUGUUCAAAGUUGAUUCCUAGUAUUUGUACUUUUUUGCAACGAAUGGUAAAUAUCACAAGUUACCAUGUGUGAAAUGUAGACUGUCAUGUUGAUAAGGUUCUACAGUAAUACACCAUGUUUGUCUUCAGGCAUUUCACCAGUUUAUACACAACAGCAAUUUUCGACCUUGUAUCAUCUCAUGGCACACAUAAACUAAUUGCUAAAAUUCUGCGGCACACCAAAAAAUAUAUUUUUUGCUGACCUGGUUUUAAAAAAAAAGUAUAAUUUUGAUUCACAACCGACAACUAUUGUUGUGUUGGCUGUUGUCAUUUUUUUCAUUUGACAAUCUAAGGGAAAAGAGGUCAGUGCCCCUGACCAAAUAGUCGAGUAUCGCAUGUUUUAAAAAUUCUUGUGACACACUGGUUGCAGAUCGUUGAUAUACAGUAUUAACAAGUGGAAUAUGUGUUUCUUUCUAGAACAUUUUCUUUGUACUGUGAAGGCUUUGUUAUACCUUAUUUGCUAUAAAGUUGUAUACCUUCUGAAA